AUGUCCGAGCCACCGUCUCCAGUCAGAUAUCCGGCCUCGAUUGCUGCAGACAUACCGUCCGACUCCCCCCGGGCCCGAGAACUGGAGCAGAGGAGGUGGCAGAGUUCCUUUCAGCUCCCACCGACGUCUGCCCCGCAAGUACCAGCUCAUGCCGCAGCUCUUCCGCAACCUCCCAGGACAUCUCUUCCGGGGCCCGCAACGGACCAAUUGAGACCUGCUACCGCAACUGCCACCGCUCAUCUGGCAACCGCUCAUCUGGCUCCUGCACCAUUUGGGGCGUACGGGCCAACUGCGGCUCCGGCGCAAAUGUCGACGAUCCAGGCCACCGGGCAAUUCCAGGGGCCACUCAUCCGGCCCGGGCGAGCAAGGAAAAUGCCCAGUAUGAAGAAGGCCAACGUCGCAGCUGCAUGCGUCAACUGCCGGCGGGCUCAUUUAAGUUGUGAUGUUAAUCGACCAUGUGGGCGGUGCGUGACGUCAGGGAAACAGGAUACCUGCGUGGAUGUCGAACACAAGAAACGCGGCAGACCGCGGUUACGUGACCGAGAGCCUGGUGAAGCUGUACCGGAAGUCGGUAUUCCCCAGCUGCAACCUCUCUCCGCAGGGGCAGCGGCAGAGCAACUUCCCACUCCAUCGGGGCGAAGAUCAAGAUUGCGAUCACGGCCUCAGAGUAUCAGCUCACUAGCCGAAAUCACACAAGGCGCGAUACAUCAGCUUGGAGGCUAUUUGCGGUCGCACAUAGGCCCGGCACCAGCAGUGCAAACGCCCCCACAAGCGCCUCGAGGCCUCGAGGCCGACGCCAGCAAUCCCGUAGCAUUCCUCGACCUGAAUCUGCAGAUCCUGAAAACAAACCAGGCGUUUCGGGACUGCACAUAUGGCCCAGGGGAUCCGCGGGGGCGCGAGCUGGCCUACUUGGUCCAAAGCCAGUGUAUUCCGCAAUUGCAGCGCCUCCAGAGCGACCUGCGUGUGGAACGGGCGGAGCGCGAUCCCACUCACCUGCCGCCGAUCGGGUCGAGCGACGGAGAGAGAGCGGUUUCCGAUGUUGAGGAGGGGGAUAUUGCGCGGAUUACGCAAGGGUUCACGGAGCGGAGGGACAUUUGGAGGUUUAUCCUAUCAGGUGAGAACGCGGCUGCCUUGCCGGUACAGAUAUCGCUGGCACGGACAACGACCUUCUUCGUAGUGCUCGUGUUGCCACGUAUGCCUCCGCCGAGAGGAAGGCCCUUCGAGACCCCCUCACAUAUGUCUCAGCAGGGCUUCGCGCCUAGACAAACUGUUAGCGGUGAACCAAGUGGCCCUGCAUUCUCCAGCCCUCACUCUCCCUUUACGUCGAUCCACGCCACUGCGACAACACUACCUCCUACGCCGGGAACGAUUCCUUUCAGCCCAUCAGCAACAACCCGACCCGAGCAACAUGGCCAAGAAAGCCGCCCGACCUCUCGCCGAGCUGAGCAACUUCCACCUCCGAAUCCAUUCCAUCAAGUUUCCUUACCACCACCGCCACAAGCCGCCACCUCCUCCCGAAGUCCAGUCCAUGACCUCCUCAAUUCGUUCGACCACCAGCAACGAUCAGCCGCCGAGAGUUCGAGCGUCACAGCGCAACAACCCAGCCCGGAGACAAGCCGUCGAAGAGAACGAGAGCCAUCGGCCACGGGGUCGCAACCGGACCAUGACGACGGGCGCAAACGGCGGCGACUGAACAUCGACGAAGUAUUGGAUUGA